GCUCGGGUACACCGUCGCUAUUAUGUACGCCGUGUUGUAGAUUCUCGUAUUGUACUCGCUACCCUUGUUCUGAAUCUUGAUCACGCUAGCCUUGUUCUGAACUGAUUCUUGUUACCGGUACGCGGUACGCGUACAGAGCCAGUGCAUUUGGCCAGUAACAAUUACAUUACAAACAAGUCAUGUAAUAUCUGUUUUGUGACGGGGGUGUGUAUUUCCGCGCUUCGCGUUCCCAAUACUAGUACUCGGCAAUAGCCUUUUUGUGCACCAUCUCUGCAAGUAUCGAACACAGAUGCAGUAGCUGCGCUAUCGCAUCGGCCCGUGCUGCAUGCAGUGUUGUUCCUCGCCUUGCCAGUCAGACACCUGUCGCCAUAGUUGAACCGAGCGCUGCGGAGUUUGGCAACCCGGCUGUCGCACUCUGACAACGCUACUCCCUGAGCUGACAGCGUUGCGUGGCAAACAUCGAACCAACUAAAGCCAGCCAAGCAAGAAUGGGCAACGUUCAGCUACAAGACGAACAACACCAGCAGAUAAUCACUGAGACUGGGAGGGUGUGCACUUCUGGAUGCACAGCAACAGACCGUUCUCCGUCAGAUGGAGAUCGAAGCAAUCCAUCGAGGAAUCGUGGCCUGUACCUUGGCGGUGGUGGCAGCACGACUCCCCAACACCACCAUGCCCACCAUCAUCCUCACAGUCCAAAUCCUGAUCGACCAGCAUCAGCGGCAACCUGCUCGCCAGAGUCACCUACACCGAACAGCACCAGCGACGGACAUGAGCAGAAUCGCACCAAUGAGCGAGCGGUUAUUUCUGAUCUUUGCUGGCAGACUCUGGAGGAUUCAGAUGGGUUUGUGGAGAUAUUCGCGAACCCCGAAACUGUUUCAAGGCGGCAUUGCAACUCCGGUUUGAAUACCGAACGCCGGGCCAGACGCACCAUGGAAAUUGACGUUGUGCCAGUGGCUGUUGCCGCUUUGUCGGACACAGAGUCACAUCCAUUAGCCUUUGCAUCCCCGGUACGACAACGCUCGACGGUUCAUUCCGUUAGGGUUGCUGAGAUUGCCGCAGCAGACGCCGUGGCAUCGGCGGAAGCACGCGCGGAUGAGGAGCCUGAUUCUUAUCAAUACAUUGUCGGCUCUUGUCCGGUUAGGGCCCAACAAUGCCGGAGUGGAAAUAUUGCUACUGCUCCAAGUACGGUGUCGUCAGGAAGUGACUUUGUAAUAGUUCACAAAAGAACUCAUGGCGUUUCACUCCCCGUGUGUGAAGCGGCUGAGGCGACAUCAGAGCGAGUACUUGUAGCAGAUCAGCAUGCAGUCACUGGGAGAAGAUCCAGCACCGCAGCAGAACGGAGUUCUUCGAUCGACUCUCGCAAGAGUUGCGCAAAAAUCCCCGUGGUCAGUGUGCGGCAAGUGUCGAGUGUGGAUGAACUCUGUCCGUUGUGCCAGGCACGGAUACACGUGAACGAAGCCUUCUCCAGUACGGAUGAUCCCAAUGCCAUCCAGGAAGCUAUCAGUGUGUCAAACCAGGGCGAUGCUGAUCACAGUGCAAGCGGUACGUGCCAGGCUGAAGAUGCAACAUACCCCUCAGUUGAGUGCGACCGGAGACGAGGUAGCUCCGAUGCACUUGUGCGGCAUGACGCAGAGAAUCACACCAGCGCUCCAUCGCCAACCCGCGGCGCUGUGAGCUUGCCCCGGGACGAACGACAUGAACAGUGCGAGAGUGUGCAUGUGCGUCAAUCAUCACACACUGGCAAACAACAGAAGCAUGGGCAGCACAAACCUGACGACAUGCCGUGCGAGUCAACUCAGCCACCAUUAGCCUACGCUGGGCCUGUCAGAGAUGAGAGGGUGCUACGAUGUAAGCAUUGUGGCAGCCGUCAGCCAGACGGAACUAGUAGUGUCGAGAAUGCAGCCAAUGCACCGAACGAACAGUGCAGCACGGAUUCUCCGCAGCAAGACACAUCCGAAGCGCCGAUCGACCUCGACGAGUAUGAUAUCGUUGAUGAAGCACCCGUGAAACGCAUAUCCACAUUCCCGGUCAGAACACACAGUACGAUCCUGCGGAGCGGCGACUUCAACCGUCGCUACGAAUCCUACGAUAACUAUGCGUACAGUGCUGGAGCGAGGGCCGCGGUGUGUAAUCCGGCUGGCGCAAGCCGUCCGCGAUCCACGUCGCAGCCUGCGUUCAGUCGACCAAAGGCACGUGCACACGUGGUGUACGCUCCCACUCGCACCGUGGACGCUGGUGACGCCGAUGACAACAACGACCGCCCCAUGCCAGCGAUGCCGUUCGUCGAUCAAGACGUGGAACGGCACAUCGGCAAGCAUCGUUCGCACUUUUCACGGAUGAGUGAGUCUGAGAAGCGACGCUGGGCUCGCCGCGAGAAACCAAUGGCCAGCGAAGGAAACCGCUUCAUCACCGACAAGGAUUUGUAAGUAAAAUCCGCAAGUUGUAUGUUUCAAUGCCAAUUUUGCUAGGUGUUUGCUCUGCUUUUCAACGUAUUACCAGGUUUGCCUAGCGUAGCCAGGUGGCCUUGGUAUGCUCAGCCUGGCUUAGGCAAAUUUGGCCAAAAUUUUGCUCAGUUAAUCCAGGUUUUGCUCCGUUUGGCCUAGCUUGUUACCUAGUUUAUGCUGUUUAGUUCGGGAAAAACUACAGCCGAGACAGUAUUAUAAGGUGGUGAGUUGAAAUUGAUACGCUGCUCAUUUGGCAUAUGAAGUAGCUGUGGACGGCUACAUAGUAUUCUGCUACUGAUACGUACUAAGAACUGUCAUAAACAUACUCAGUAGUUAUUUUAGAGUUAACUCUGACACCCACUUCAUCAUGGCUAACGUAACUUUGCCACUCUCCACUAAACAUGCAUCAGUGUGCAGCCACAGGAGUCGCAUUGUUAGCCCGGUGCUGCCUUGCUAGGAAUUCGAAUUUCUUUCUAGGAAUUGGGCUCGAAAUUGUGCUCCGUCUGUCGAGCUGGCAGUUCCUUUGCCGAGCUCUGAUAGGCCAAGCAAUGCAUUCCAGUUAGUAUUGCACCUUUGUGUGGUACAAUCGUGACUUGUCUUCACUUGCUAGUAUUGUCUCAGUUCUAAUUCCUAACUGCCGUAACUAGAAAUAUAAUUAUACCCGGCAUAAAUCAAUUUGCUCCGCUUCGCUGACUGCUAAUGCUGGCUCGCGCCGCCGCCCCCCCCCCCCCCCGGCCUAAAAUUUGCUACAUGCAGCCGCCCGCGUCACCUGCACGGUCACAUGUGCCGUAAAAUAACUCCUAAUUCAAGCGACAGAGUGUGCGCGUGUUCUGUGUCGUUGACUAUGACAAGCGUUGCGGGGAGGUAGGGCUCACGACUACUGAGUUUGUUGAAAGGCUUGGGUUUAUGGACUUGAUGUCAACUGUAAUGCUGGGUAGGCUGCUAUUAACACGCACAGUUGAGUUUGUAUUGUUUGUCAAAGCUCUCGUUGUUAACGAAUUCGUUCAGUAGAUGUAUGUUGAAGUUCUGGCUCUGCGUGCCUCUUUAAUUUAAGCUCAUGGCCGAGUCCAUGAACUGGUACUUGCAGAUACAAGCAGGUAAAUGCCAAUGCAGAUAAAAAUAAAUUAUGUUCUCAUCCGAAAAAUCUCAGAUCCAUGGGACCUCGUUGGUGAGAGGUCUUGUCCAGCGCAUUGCUGGCAACGUACCAGAUUGCAUGCUUGUGCUUGCC